AUGACAAUAAUUCAUCACCACCUUUGGAAGGAGCAACUAAUCAAACUAAGAACACAACGACUGCAUCUUCGCCUCCUAUUCAUAUCUCAACAACAGAUACAUCCUAUUGGAAACAAAACAAAUGUUUCGUCUAAUGUUUCCAUUAAGAAAGUAGUAACCAUUGCAUCACCUUCUUCAGUAAACAAACCACCAGCUCAAUCACAAGCUGGUAUUGUCAAUCAGAGCGAAAGUGGUAGAUCAGGAGGUUCUUUCAGUCACAGUAAAAUCACCGUACGAACAUGUUGUGGUGUGGUUGAGUUGACUUCAAUGAAAUUAGCUUGUUUACUUGGUAUGAUGGUUACAGUAAUUGGUUUAUUAGUUUUGGCAGCUGUUGCCAUUGCUGCCUUUGUUACUGCUAGCUCAAAAGCAACCGACAUUUUGAUUGCUGUUGGUAAAGCUACAACUAUAUUCGAAAGUUCAAAUUCAAUGGUUCUGAAAUAUACCUAUACUGGAUAUUCAUAUGAUGGUCAGAAUAUUGUCGUUCAGGAACAGUAUAAGAAUUCAUCAACAACUAUGAAAAUACUCCUUCAAUCAAUUUUUAAGAAUUUGGACGAUUCUACCAUUCAAACCAUGUUCAAUUCGACUGUUAUUGAAUCUUCCAAUUCAUUGGAUUCACAGAAUUCUCAAAUUUUAUUAAUGAUUGGUUACAAUCAACAGAGUGAUGCCAUUACAAGAAUUAAUUCAGAUACCUAUUCCACUAUUUUGUCAACUUUCCAAGAUGGUUUGGAUAAGUUGGUGACAUUUGUGCAACAAUCUGAAAAGAACAAAGACACGAGUGUGUUGGCAAUUACUUUGGUUCAAUUGAUUGUCAUUGCUAUUUCAUUAUUUGUCAUUUUGCCAAUCAUUGUGUUUGUCUUUACUUAUGCCAUCAAUCGUGACUCUUUGUAUUUGGAGAAGAUUCGUCGUGCCAAUGCCAUCAUGUUGAUGGACACUAUGGAGGAUGAUGGAUUGAGAACAUUAUUUAAGAUACAUUGUGAAAAGGAAAAGUCAACUGAAAACUUUUUACUUUUGGAAAAGAUUCAAUAUUAUAGAUCAUUGUGUGAACGUUCAUUGGAUUUACAAAUGAGAUUAUUUGGUGAUGCCAAUAUGUUGAGUGAUGUUUCGAGUGAUAUUUCAGCAGAAUCUGCUCAUUCUACAAAGAAGAGGAGGGAAUCUCCACUCGAAAAGGAAUACACAGAAAUUGAAGCUAAAAAGUAUGAAGUUGCUUUUGAGAUAUUUACUGAAUUUUUGGAAGUUACUGGUGAUAUGGCUGUCAAUAUUUCUCAUGUUCUAACUGAUUCUGUUAAGGAUAAGCUUGAUAAGUAUAACGACAAGCAAAUUGAAACACUUCCCGAUGAUAUGUUCAAUAUUUUGGAGAAGGAAACUUGUUUGGUAAUGAUGGAUACUCACCACAGGUUUAAGCAAUCACUUGCUUUCCAACGUGAAAUGAAGAUUGAUAAGAUUAAGAUUGACAAACUGAAAAAGAAGAGAAAUGUAGAUUUUUAA